CGUUACAAGACUUGACACACUUGAAUCCCUCCCUCUCUCUCUCUCUCUCUCUGACUCUGUCACUCUCUAUUUCUCUCUUCUCCACGUCUCCAAAUUCUUAAUGUUUAUGGAAUGGAGUCUCACUCUUGAUUCCUCUCACUCUUCCUCCUCCACCACUAACCACAACAUGUUCCCCACUUUAGGAUUUCCGGUCAACCUUAGCCCCUCCUCCGAUCACAAUCGGACGGUCCUCGGUGAAGUUGACUUCUUCUCCGGUGCUAGAAACAUCUCAUCAUCUCACACCAACAACGAUCAUGGAACCCCCCUUAAGUGUGAUCCCCAUGUAAAUACUGGUUUGCAACUUCUCACCGCUAACGCUGGAAGUGAUCAGUCAACCGUGGAUGAUGGGGCUUCAUCGGAUGCUGAAGAUAAGCUUGUCAAGAUCACUGAGCUGGCACGAUUGCAAGAGGACCUUCGGCGCAUGAAUGCAGAGAACCAAAAGCUGAAGGAGAUGCUCAGCCAUGUCAGCAGUAACUACGCGAACUUGCAAAUGCAUCUUGCAGCAGUACUGCAACAGCAACAUAACCAACGCACUGAGAACACGGAACAAGAGGUUGUUCAAGGAAAAGCUGAGGAGAGAAAGCAUGGAGGAAUGGUGCCUCCUAGACAAUUCCUGGAUUUAGUUCCGAGUGGUACGACCGAAAUAGAUGAUCAAGUAUCGAAUUCUUCUUUGGGUGAAAGGACUCGAUCAACCACACCUCCCAGCUGCAAUAAAAAUGAUGAUAAGGAUAAGAAAGAGACUACUGAUAUUCCACACUCUGGCAAAUUAUUGAACCAUACGACGGAUCCAUCCACUAGUCCGGAAGCCGCUAUGAGAAAAGCUCGUGUCUCAGUUCGUGCCCGAUCAGAAGCACCCAUGAUCAGUGAUGGGUGCCAAUGGCGAAAAUAUGGACAAAAGAUGGCUAAGGGAAACCCUUGUCCUCGAGCAUACUACAGAUGCACCAUGGCAGUUGGUUGCCCAGUUCGCAAACAAGUUCAACGUUGUGCGGAGGACAGAACAAUUUUGACAACAACGUACGAGGGGACCCAUAACCAUCCACUGCCACCAGCUGCAAUGGCUAUGGCAUCGACCACUGCAGCUGCUGCUAGCAUGUUGUUGUCUGGGUCAAUGACCAGUGCUGACGGAAUAAUGAACCCCAAUUUGCUAACUAGAGCUAUUCUUCCAUGUUCUAGCAUGGCAACACUUUCAGCUUCAGCACCAUUCCCCACAGUGACAUUGGACCUCACACACAACCAAAACGCGUUUCAGAAUUACCAAAGACCUCAAACCCCAUUGUUCCCAUCACAGCCCCAGGACUUUAUCGCUGGAUCCACGCCACCACAACUGCCGCAACUGAUUGCACAAGCGCUCUAUAAUCAAUCCAAAUUCUCAGGCCUUCAACUUUCUCAGGAUGUGGGGCCUAAUAAUUCCCAAGCUCCAAGACCGUUUUUGCAGCCAAGCCAACAGGUCUCGCUCACUGACACCAUCAGUGCCAUCACCGCCGAUCCAAACUUCACGGCAGCGCUCGUCUCCGCCAUCUCCUCCAUCAUCGGUGGUGCUAAUCCAAACAAUAACAGCGCCAACAACAGUAGUAGCAAUCCCAAUGUCAUCAAUAGUGCUACAAUUAAUCAAUAGCUUUUCAUCAGGAAACUAAUAGGAAGUUCUUUGGUUCUUUUCUUUUCUUUUGUCAUAGAUUAUAUUCUUUUCUUUUUUAUUCGUUUAAACGUGGGAAAGGGAAAAUGAAUUUGUGAUCAAUGUUCAUGAACCUGGCCAAAUUCUACAGUGAUGUUUCUACCGCGUGGUCUUCUUCUCCAUGCUCACUGCUCAGGCUGGUUACAGCUUAAGGUGAAGGAUACUUUUGAAGGCACUUCAAUAUUUUAGUAAGGAUUUUAGCUGAAUGACAGCAAUGGUCAUAAAUAUGUACAUGAUACUUGUGACCUAUUUAUAUGGAUAUAUAUUGAGAUGAGUUGAGGUGAGCGUAAGAUUCAAGGCCUAUCUUUAGGAAAUACCUUUUUGGUAGCAUUAUACUAUAUAUAUGUGUUUUUCUUGCUUGUUCUAGGUGUAUCUAAUUUGCUUUGUGACUAGUUCAUUGGCUAUGAACUUCAGCUCAAUUACUCUCAUAGGCCAUUGGGUUGGCAGGUCCAGAAAUAUUACUUUUGUCGGCAUGGUAGGGUUUAGAACACGGCAGUUUCAUUCUCUCUUUGUUGUAUCCUUCUUGAAUAAUUAGGAUUCAUAAUUUUCGGAGUAAUCUGUCAGAAAAAAAAUGUAACGUCUUUAUA